AGCGUCGGUCGACUCCUAUUUCAUUGUUAAUUGUUUUCUUCGUGCUAGCUUUGAAACAUAAGAUAAUAUUAUUAUAUAUAUUACUUAUAACCGGGUUUUAGAAUGGGGCAGACGUAUUUAUUUAUAUUAUUUUUGGUCUGCAUCUGUUGCGUGACUACAUUAAGAAUAACACGCAGCUUUUGCCCAAAGGAUUGUAAUUGCUUCGAUCGUACUGUUCGAUGUAUACAUUUAAAUUUGGAAUCUGUUCCUCGGAACAUAAGCAACGAUGUCCAGUUGAUAGAUUUGCGAUAUAAUCAGUUGGAAGACAUACCACCAGGAGUUUUCUCAGGAUUAUCUCACAUUACAACAAUCUAUCUUAACGACAACAGUAUAAGAACAUUAAGUGAAGACGCUUUUGUAGGAGGACUUAUUAACACAAAAGUAAUAUAUUUGGGAAGUAAUAAAAUUGAAUAUAUACCAGUGGGUGCAUUUCAGCCGCUUACAAAUCUCAAAGAAAUGUAA